GGAGCUAAGAAGAUCCAUCUGGGUGAAGAUUUAAAGGGCAUUCUUUUAGAAGCGACAGGAAAGUGUGUGCCUUACGCUGUCAUUGAAGGAGCUGUGCAGUCCGUUAAGGAAACACUCAACAGUCAGUUUGUGGAAAACUGUAAGGGGGUGAUCCAGCGGUCGACGCUUCAGGAGCACAAGAUGGUGUGGAACCGAACAACCCACCUUUGGAAUGACUAUUCUAAGAUCAUUCACCAGAGGACUAACACUGUGCCCUUUGACCUUGUGCCCCACGAGGAUGGUGUAGCUGUGGCUGUGCGGGUGCUGAAGCCCCUGGACUCGGUGGAUCUGGGCCUAGAGACCGUGUAUGAGAAGUUCCACCCCUCUGUGCAGUCGUUCGCCGAUGUCAUCGGCCACUACAUCAGUGGUGAGCGGCCCAGAGGCAUCCUGGAGACAGAGGAGAUGCUGAAGGUGGGGGCCACCAUCACCGGGGUUGGCGAGCUGGUCCUGGACAACAACUCUGUCCGCCUGCAGCCUCCCAAGCAAGGCCUGCAAUACUAUUUGAGCAGCCAGGACUUCGACAGCCUGCUGCACAGGCAGGAGUCCAGUGUCCGGCUCUGGAAGAUUCUGGUCCUGGUGUUUGGCUUUGCCACCUGUACCACCCUCUUCUUCAUCCUGCGGAGGCAGUACCUCCAGUGGCAGGAGCGUCUUCGGCAGCAGCAGCUCCAGGAGGAGUUCCGUGAACACGAGGCCCACCUACUGAGCCAAGCCUUGCCUGAGGACAGGGAGAGUCUGAAGAGCUCCUGUGUGGUGUGCCUUAGCAGCUUCAAGUCAUGCGUCUUCCUGGAGUGUGGGCAUGUCUGUUCCUGCCGCCAGUGUUACCUCGCCUUGCCAGAGCCCAAGAGGUGUCCAGUUUGUCGUCGGGAGAUCACCAGGAUGAUUCCCCUGUAUAGCAGCUAGGGGUCUUGUAGUCACACUGCAGGUAUCCCUCCCCUUGUCAGGGCUUAUCCUGAGGCCAUUGGUGGGGUGGCUGUACCUUAAGGUAUGAUGGAGGGGAUACUGGCAAGCCUCACAUCUAAUGGCUGGGUGUUGCUUUUCAACCUGGACAGGUUCCUUUCCAGUUCUAAGCACCUGGUGGGGGCUGUGGUGAGGUCCCUCUUCUCAGAAGCCAGAUCUGUGUGUGUGAGAGACUGAAUAAGACCAGCUCAUUGUCUAAGCAGCAAAGCCAGUGGUCUCCACUUUUGCUUCCUGGGGUGCUGACUCCUUAGCUUGGGGGAAAGGCCGAGCUCUGAGGGCCUUGCAGUGUGGUCUCUUGGGAUACUGCCCAGACUCCUUUUCUUGCUUCUGUCCAUGGGAAGGAAUUUCUUAAAACUUGUCAGGCAGGGUAGUCAGCUUGUGUGUCUCUUUUACUUGCUUUCUGGGUAAUGCUUGCACUUAUGUGAAGAUGACAGGAAGUGAGAUCAGUCCAUGUAUGUGGGACACAGGUCAGCAGGAGGACAAACAGACAUGUCUAGGUGUUACUAGGGGGUUGGCAGGCAGCCUGGUUGCCUUCCUUUGGCACAGGGAGGGCACCAGGGUUGUGGGGUGUGGGUGCUGCCUGGCUUUCCCAGACAGCUCUGGUUUCCUCUGAAAAAGCCUCACUGAAAGGGAGUGACAGUCACUGCUGUCUUUGCCUCUGGCCUUUGUAGUUUCUUUGCUUGCUUUUGCCAAAGAAGUUGGCUGGUGGGCAGAGAGCCUGUCUAGAUGAUCUCCCUGUCCUUGUCAGCAGCCCCAGAAGCUCGUUGCUGCCGUCCCCCCAACCAGACAAAUUGGGGACUGCCCUUCAUCAGUCAGAAGUGGUCAGGAGUCACUUGCAGAGCUCCUCUUCCUGACCAUCACCUGUGCUCCUUCCUGAGGGGGGAGAAGGGCUUUUUCUAGGCGCCGACACCAGUACAUGCGCCAGCCGCCUGAGUGAGCAGCACAAAUUAAAUAAACUAUGUGACAUGUG